AUGCUUUAUAGUACUCCUCUGGAACCAAUUAUAGUAAGAGAUACAAUUGGAAAUUUGGCUAAAGUGGAUGUGACUUAUCCGAGGCUGCCUCCUAAAUGUGUUAAAUGUCUCCGCUUUAGACAUCUGAUGAAUAGAUGUCCCUCUCCUCUGAUAAAAACGAAGCCGGCAAAAAAGAGAACAUCGUUUGUCGCUUCUGUAGCUCUGAAUCCAAAUCCGGAUCCCAAUUCUUCGCUUCCCUCCAAUCUUGCCAACCCAGCUGAAGUAGUGGAAGAAGAGAAGGUUCCAGAAAGUUCUAAAAGGAGACAGAGAUCGAACGGAAGGUCUAGAGAAAAGUCAAAGGCUAGAUCUGUUAGCUCUCCUCCGAAAACAGCCUCUUUCCCCACAAUUCAGACUCCUUUACAGGCCUCAGUGGUGGCGUUAGAGCCAGGGCAGAAAGGUUUUACCAAACUCCUAGACCUCUGCAAGUGCACAGAUCGCGGAAGUAUGGGUAUCGAACACAAGGACUGGCUAUUGAGUACACUUUGA